UGCGACCUCAGUUUAUCGUAGUGCCAGUCUAUUUCAUAAUCAAGAAUGCAAGCACAUAAACAUGAUGCAUUAACUUGCUUGUUACAUACAUGAUAGUGCAAAUUAUGCUUCAAUUAUGAAUAUUCGUUGAGUAUUAUACGUUUAUAUAUAUUAUAGGAUAACAUCCACGUGCGAACUGAAUCACCAAUAAAUUCUUAAGAAAAGUAAACGACCAGUUUUCUAGGUUAUGUAUAUAAAAUGUUUUCUUCCAGAAGGAACUCGUGUUUAUUUAUUAUAAUUUUAGUUCAUGUAAUAGGUGUUUCCUCGCGAAUGGACAAAUGCGAGAUGAUAGAGGUAAUUUCAUUUAAAAAUUCCGAUCAAGAACCUGAACCGGAGGACGUGAAGCACGAAGAAGAGAGCAAAAUUAUCGAAGCAAACGUGACAUUAACUAAUUCUACUGUUAAUGUGACCAAAGUCAAUUGCUUAACAGAUAAAAUCUAUGAACCAGUAGAAAUUGUUAACGCAACCAGAUUAAUGAAAUUAUUAAUCCUAGAACCUGGACCGUUGAACAAAAGUAGAAACGACAAAGAAGGCAGACUUUUACCAGGAACUUGCGUGAUAGUAUUAUUUUAUGCCAGAUGGAGUAUAUUCAGUAGUCAAGCUGCACCACAUUUUAAUGCACUCCCACGUUCCUUUCCACAUAUUAAGGCAGUAGCGUUAGAUGCUAUUAAAUACCAAAAUUUUAAUGCUCAAUAUGGAAUUGUUGGAGUCCCAACAUUAAUGCUCGUUCAUAAUGGGAAACCUGUGGCAAAAUUCAAUUACACUGUUUACACGCUUGAAGCCUUUGCAAAAUUUAUAAUGCAAAUAACUAAUUUACAACCAAACGGAUCAUUAUAUGUUACAUCACUGGAUUUUGCUGGUCCUGUUUCUAGUACGCCUUACAAUGGGACAGAUUAUUGUCUAGUUCUCUCAUGGAUCUUCAUCACUGCAUGUGCUUUAUACUUUACCUCGCAAAGCAGGUGGUGGCAACAAUUUGUAGAAUUAAUUCAAAAUACAUGGCGUGAAAGUAAUGCUCAACACGAGCAUGCCGAUUAGAGCAUGAAACAAAACUGUGUUAUAUUCUAUGCAAGAAAUCACGACGUACAAGAAACAAACACACAGUGUCAUUCAUUCGCGCGAUAAUCUAUGUUAAGAAAAUGUAAAUAUUCUUCAAUAAAUAAAUAAAUAUACGUUAUUUAAAUAUA